CUCAUACCCUUGCUACUCCACACAUCACAAUGGUCGCACGCAUCUUCUCAAAGGCACUCCAGCAGUCCACCCGAGGCUACGCUUCUCAGGCUGCUGUCAAGCCUCCCAUUCUCCUCAACGGUCUGCCAGGCAAGUACGCCUCAUCUGCCUACGUUGCCGCCCUUGGCAAGAGCGAGAGGACCCUCCAAGCCGUAGAGAAGGACCUGCAGGCCGUGCAGGCCAACCUUGGCCCCAAUGCAAAGGACGCCGCCAAGCUGCAGACGUUCAUCUCCAACCCCACCCUGUCCAACAAGGACAAGGUCGCCGGGCUGGAACAGCUCAUUGGAAACAAGUCGGACACCAUCACUCGCAACUUGUUCGAGGUGCUGGCCGAGAAUGGAAGGUUGGGAGAUGCGGAGAAGGUUGUAGAGGAAUUCUUUAGGCUCAUGGCCGCUCACAGGGGAGAGGUAGAGGUCACCAUCACUAGCGCUGCUCCCCUCGACAAGUCCCACUCUCAGCGACUGGAGCAGGCCCUCUCUUCUUCAGGCGUAGCCAAGGCUUCUGGUGGACAGAAGAUCAAGUUCAACCACAAGGUCAACCCUUCCAUCCAGGGUGGACUCGUCGUCGACUUUGGGGACCGAUCCGUGGACCUGUCCGUUGCCGGAAAGGUCAGGAGGCUGAAUGCUCUCCUACAGGAGAGCGUUUAAGCGGGGAAGGAGAGCGUGAGGGCGAGGAAAGUUCGGCAUUGUAGCGAGUCCACCGUCGUCGAUGGGUGUGGGCUGGCGAGAGCACACUCGCUCAUUGUAGAUUGAAGAAUUGCCAGAGUCGCCGGCUUCGCGGAAUACAAAACAAAGCCAGUAUCGUA